CCCAAGCCCAGCAGCAGAAGAUUUUCAUUGGUGGAGAAGUUAUGCAGGUCCCGCCUUGGAGGACAGUGAUAGGCUAAACUGGCGUGGGGCGGUGGUGGUUGGCUGCCUGGGGACGGGUGCCUGGUCGUGCCUGUCAUAGUGGCUGGCGGCAGUGGCGGCUCUCGGGGCUGGGUUGUCAGUCAGUGAGAGGAGGGGGAAGAUGGCUCGCUGGGACCCGUUCUGCUAGGAAGAAGGGGGGCAGGUGGUGCUGCUACUCGGGAGGAAGCAAGCAGACGCCGUCGCUGUCGCUGUGAGCCGCACCAGCCUAGGCUCUGUAGUGGAGCACCGGAGCCGCUCUGGGCAAAACAAACAUACACCUGACUUCUGGGCAAGUAAGAAUUUUGAUCUACUUUUGGCAUUUAAACUUUAGUCAUAUCUAUGGAUUUUUGGAGCACCCUGGCUGCUGGUAUGUAGGCACUGCCGGUUAUGUGAAGAAAAGCAAUCAUCUUUGAAAAGUUUAUAUGCUGAAAAAGUAGUGUCUUCUGAAAAAAAAAAGAAAACGACAUUCAGAGAACUGUUGAAAAUAUUAAAGGAUUUUGCUGAUAAGAGACUGCCAAUUCCAGAAGGUCGAAGGUUUAGAACAGAUGUGGAAAGAUGUUCACUUCAGAGAAAGGAGUCGUGGAAGAAUGGUUGUCAGAGUUUAAGACACUACCAGAAACAUCUUUACAGCACUAUGCCACAAAUUUGAAAGACAAGAGUUCUUUAGUUUCAUCUCUCUAUAAAGUUAUUCAAGAGCCACAAAGUGAGUUGCUAGAACCUGUCUGUCACCAGCUCUUUGAGUUCUAUCGCAGUGGAGAGGAGCAGUUGCUUCGAUUUACACUACAGUUUCUCCCAGAACUGAUUUGGUGCUACCUUGCAGUCUCAGCCAGCCGGAAUGUGCAUAGCAGUGGAUGCAUUGAAGCUCUUCUUCUAGGGGUUUACAAUUUGGAAAUAGUUGACAAACAGGGACAUAGCAAAGUACUGAGUUUUACGAUUCCGUCUUUAUCCAAACCAUCUGUGUAUCAUGAACCUUCUAGCAUUGGGUCCAUGGCUUUGACUGAGAGUGCACUAUCCCAGCAUGGUUUGUCAAAGGUUGUGUAUAGUGGACCUCAUCCUCAAAGGGAGAUGUUGACAGCGCAGAAUAGGUUUGAAGUGUUGACAUUCCUUUUGUUGUGUUACAAUGCUGCCUUAACCUAUAUGCCCAGUGUAUCUCUUCAAUCACUGUGUCAAAUUUGUUCAAGAAUCUGUGUUUGUGGAUAUCCUCGACAACAUGUAAGAAAAUACAAAGGUAUAAGUAGCAGGAUACCACUUUCUUCAGGAUUCAUGGUACAGAUGUUGACAGGGAUUUAUUUUGCCUUUUACAAUGGAGAAUGGGAUCUAGCUCAAAAAGCAUUGGAUGAUAUUAUAUACAGAGCCCAGCUAGAAUUAUACCCAGAGCCAUUGCUGGUUGCUAAUGCAAUAAAGGCUUCCUUGCCUCAUGGUGCCAUGAAAUCUAGUAAAGAAGGUACAAGGUGUAUUCAAGUUGAAAUUACACCAACUUCUUCUAGAAUAUCAAGAAAUGCAGUAACCAGCAUGUCAAUAAGAGGUCAUAGAUGGAAAAGACACGGAGAUACUGAAUUAACAGGUCAAGAAGAACUGAUGGAGAUAUCUGAAGUUGACGAGGGAUUUUAUUCCAGGGCUGCGUCUAGUACCAGCCAGUCGGGUUUAUCAAACAGUAGUCACAAUUGUAGUAACAAGACAAGUGUAGGAAAGAACCAGAGACGGUCAGGAGGAAGCAAAACUGGAGGAAAAGAAAAAGAAACUACAGGGGAAUUUUGCAAAGAUCACUUUGCUCGAAAACAAACCCAGAGAGCCCAAAGUGAGAAUCUUGAGCUUCUCUCUUUGAAGAGACUUACUUUAACAACCAGCCAAUCUCUGCCGAAGCCUAGUAGCCAUGGUUUGGCCAAGACUGCGGCAACGGUAUUUAGUAAAUCCUUCGAACAAGUCAGUGGCGUCACAGUCCCACAUCAUACACCCUCUGCUGGUGGUUGUGGGACUGGGACAGAUGCCAAUAGGUUUUCUGCUUGUAGUCUCCAAGAAGAAAAGCUUAUUUAUGUGUCAGAAAGAACUGAACUUGCCAUGAAGCAUCCAUCUGGUCAGCAGAGACCUCCUAGUAUUAGCAUUACUCUGUCCACAGAUUAAUCUAUAACAUACUUUUCUCACAGUGACUCUGGAAAUACAACUUUGCUUCUUUAUGAAUGUGCCCUAGGUCUUUCAUCUCUGUUCCUGACAGGAGUCCUGCUAUCUGAUUCUGAAGCCUCCCUUGACUUUAUGAAAGGAAUAAUGUCUAGGUUGCAGCAAGUUGAAAUAUGGUUUCAUUAUUUGCAAGUUGUAUUUCUUCCCCUUGAUUGUGUUUUUCUCCCCCUUAGUUUGAGUUUUUUUUUUUCUUUGUAACUAUCUUAUUUGCUAUUGUUGCCCUAAGAUUGUCAGUGUGAUAAUAAAUUUUAGCAGGUUGUUUUACUGACUUGGUUACAUUUCAUAUGAGGUUGUGAGGUUAUGAGGUUUUUUGUUUUUGUUUUAAGUAAGUUCUAGUUUGGUAGCUACCUGUCUAGCUUUCAGAGUCAAAGGGAAUUUGUAUUCAUAGGAUCUGUUUUGUAAAGAAGGGGACAGAGGUGCAACUCUAGGAGUUCUAUAGCUGGCCACUCAGCAAGCCAGUGUGAAAAACAAGCAUGUUAAAAAAAAAGAAAACAACAACAAAAAAAAAACACAAAAAACUGAAAAUGAUGUAUACGAAAAUUGUCCAAUGAAGAAGUUUGUGACUGGAUUGUCUUUAAGAUUAGAAGAGUUUGUUCAAAGUACUGCAAAAGGUCUGGUAACUCAGUACCCAGAAUAUUAAAUUCCAAGGGAGGGUUAGUGGGAUUUCUGGUGUUAUAGUAUUAUCACUGAACAUUUUUAUAUUGAAAAUAAGAUUGGUGGUAGAUGUGUUGUUUUGAAAUGUUUGAUCUGGAUUUACAAGGUGAAAAAUCCAUUUUAAUCUCUAAGGUGUAAUAGGCCAUAAAGCUGAUUGACCCUGCUGCUCAACUUUGGAAGUUCUAGUUAGUUUGGAUUCCUAUCAUUUAGAACACACAUCAUGGAAGACUUCCUGGAAAUCGUUGUAAAUCUUGCAAUGCAGCUCUCACGAUACUAGUAUCAGCCACAUAACAUUGAGUUGUUUGUUUGAAAAUGAAGGAACCUAAAUAAGUGUUUGAGCUAUAAAAUGUCAUUAAAGAAAAUAUAGUGAAAUAUGGACAAAAGACACUUUUGUAUUAACUAAUUCAGGGUUCUUUAUGUCUGUGUUCUUAAAUUUAAGGUAUUAAAAAAAAUGAAAUGUUUUUCUUCUUUGUGAACAGACCUGUUUUAAAUGUUCUAAUAUUAUUCCCAACCAAAAGAUAAAAAUAAACUGGCAACAUGGCAGAGGCUGAACAAACUUGUAUGUAGCUGUAGGGGCCUGUGUGACCUCUAGAGAGGCAUAAAGGCUUGAUGUUUGCUAAUAGUGGUCAUUUCAGCUAUGAGUGAGGUUCUCUCUAAAGCAAAUAUACUUAAGUAAUAAUUCAGAAUGAGAGAGAAAGUAGAGCUGAGAUUGAGAAUAAAUUGGCCGGGGAAGGCCUAGGAAGCUAUCCACUUCCUGGGCUCUUUCUCUUUUAGUACACAGUUGUUUCUUUAUUCUUUGUUCUUGGCUGUGUUCACAAAAAGAGUAUACUAAUGCUUUCAUCUUGUUUCUGUUUACAUAGAGGUCAAAUAUAUUAAAAAUGUGUAUGUUUUGAAGAGUGCCAAAGCAUUUACACUCUGAAUAGAGUUUUGACCAUAAAUAUUUUGCCUACAAGUUUAAACCUAAUUCUUUGAAAAGUACAAAGUAAUUUUUAUCUCUUAGCCCUGAAUACAAUAUGGUUUAUAAUAAAAGUGAAUUUGAUUUUCUUUUUAGUUCCAGUAGUAGAAUGAAAUAAGAUCUAUUGGCGUAAAGUGUAGUCAAAAGCUUUAAGGCAACCAAUGAGGGAUGAUAGUGUAUUAAUUCAAUAGGAAUCCCAUGUACUAUUUCAAGUAUUUGUAAAAUGCACUGUGAACUUUCUGUUGUCUUUCUAUGAUCCCUUAACAAAGAAUUUUCCCUAUUCAUAGUUAUAGUGUUGAUAUUAUUAAGAAUUUAAAAGAUUGGCAUUUUAAGCAAGUUGAGGUGCUUAGGAAAUGUAAAAUAAAUUUGUUGAAAAAGCUGGCACAGAUAGAACUGAUUUUAAUAUUCUGCCACUCUAAUGGAACUUCAUUUUGGUAUCAUUCUAGACCUUUGCUACUCCUAUGGUUCAAGGACCAGGAAGUAGAAUCGAAAUCACCUGCCAUUUUGGUAAAAAUGCAGAAUUUCAGGGCCACUCCAGAUUUACUGAAUCAGAAUCUGUAUUUUAACAAGAUUUCUAAGUGAUUUUUAUACACAUUACAGUUUUAGGAAUAAGUAUCAAAGUGCAAACAAAUUACUUGUCCAAUACGUAGGAUUUUCAAUGACUUCACACUCUCCUAGAUCAAAUAUGUUAGACAUUUGAUUAUUAUAACUUCAUUGCCUUUGACACUAGUUAAUUUUUAAUAAUGUUGACAAAUGACUUCUUAAGUCUUCUAAUCACCUAAAUAUCUAACGAUCCUCAUUUAUUUUUGCAAUAAAAAUGUAACAUUCAAAGCUGAUGAUGCCUGUAAUUUUAAAUAUGAAAGAGGUACCACCCUUUUAUACAAGGCACAACAGAUUUUUAUGUGUAUAUUCUUUUUAAAAACCUCUGAAAACUGACUUAGUGGGGUGGUUCUGAACUUUUGCUACAAAUAAUUUACCCCCAGUUGAUCCUCUGGAAUGUGGAGUUAUGAUGACAAUAAAAUUCUUUUAUAGUACCUUUGAUACUAUUUCAAAUAAGGGUUAUUAUACAUUGAAAGUUUUUAUAGCAAUUAUGAAAAUUGGAAAAUGAUAACCGUGGCGACAAUUGUUACUAUCUUUAGUACUGUCUUGCCACCCAUCUUUGCAGUAUUAAAGUUGGGGUGGUUUUUGUAGGUCACUUUCCAAUAAAAAUACGAAUGGGCACAGACCUCCUCUCGGAUUGUACCUUUUUUUCCAUGAGAAAGACUUCAUACAAUAUUUGGGUCUUGUACCUUGUAGCUCAGAAGAUCUGAUCAGAAAUUGCUGCUCCAUUCCACAUUUAAAACCACCAGGGAUCCUUGAAAUCACUCAACCCUUCACUCUUGAAACCAACUGCCUGGGGUGUUCUAGUGAAGCAACACCUAAUAUUGGCCUUUUGGAAGCCACGAAACAAAAUGGACUUUUCAAAGGAGUGUCCCAGAGUACCCAGGGCAAAUGCCAUAAGAAAGCACCCUGGAGUCCUUGUACAUCACCAUGGAACUUGUUAAGGCAAGCACUGUAGGCAUGAAAGUAGAAAGUCUCAGUCCUUAAAUGAUGACUGAAUUUAGUUUUGAAAAAUCAGUAUUUCAUUGCCCUUCUUAAUUGUGAAGCGGCUGCACAGCCAACAUUUCUCAUUUUUUAAAAAAGCUGAAUUAAGGGAAAUGUAGUGUAUAAAACACAUAGAAAAAAUAAUCUCCAUUUUAAGGGAAUUUUUUUUCUAUUUGAAAAAUAAAACUAAUGUUAAAACUUAAAUUAGAGAGAAAAAUGUACUUCAGGACAUAAUUUUAAACAAAUAUUUAAACUAAGACAUUUUAACAUUUGAGACUAUAGACACAAUAAAAUUAUAUCAAAGAGAAGCACAUCGAGAAAAUAUACUCAUUAAAUAAUGUAACUAAAAUAUUUUUCUAAAACCACCUAAAAAAAAAAAAACUUGAUCGCAAUUAAACAUUGUAGAUAGGAAGUAAUGUAUAAUAGUGUCUUCCCAAUCUUUGGGUGAAAAAAAUAACUCUGGUCCUUUAAUUAACACGUACUUUUAAAUAUGUUGCUUUGUAAAAUUAUACUUAAUACUUUGAGUUAUUCAAAUUUGUGUUUAAUAUUGUUAAAUAUUCUUUAUCAGAGAGCAUAAAUAUGUGGUCUUCUGUACUUAGUACUAGUGCAUAUGUAAAGAGACUAGCAGUGAACAUUUUUGGAAGAUGUUUGUGUGUUUUGUUACAGUAGAGUUCAAGAGUACCUGUGUCUUAUAUGAAGUUUUUCAUAGUAAAUUCAAGGUCCUAUUUCACAUAUUGUUGCUUUCUCUUCUGUGGAGCUUAUUAUGUACCUCUUUUCUUUACUUCUAAUCAUGUAAUGAUACUAAUCUUUUCAUAGUAAAUAUAUUUGUUUCUCAUUAUAUUACUAGAGUUUACAUUCCUAAAGAAUAAACUAUGACUUUGUAUAUUUUUAUCUAUUUCCUACCUUUUUAAGGCUAUGGAAAUAAACUGGAUUUAGUUUUUUUAAGUUUUGUAUAUUUGCGUCAAUGUUCUCCGUAUGCAGUACUUUAUACAGCAAGUGUUGCCUGUUGUUUUAUUGAAAUAAAAACUGAAUAAAAAUUC